AUGUUGUCUGGUUCUAAGUUGGUAGUGGUCUUAGUAUAUGAAGAUGAUCUAAUAAUAACCGGAGACGACAAAAAAGGGAUCGAGCAACUUAAGCGUAACGUGUGUGUUAGAUUUCAUAUGAAAGAUAUUGGAAGACUAAGUCAUUUCUUGGGCUUAGAGAUUAAGUAUGAAGAGAGAGCUUUAAUCCUACACCAACAAAAGUAUUGUAUUGAUUUAUUAACUCGUUUCGGCAUGUUAGACUGCAAGCCAAUUAACACACCUAUGGAUGUCACGGCUAAACUUUGUGCUGACAAAGGGAAGGAGCUAGAAGAUCCUACAAUGUACCGGAAAAUUGUGGGAAGCCUAAUAUAUUUAACGUUAACAAGGCAGGAUAUAGCAUUUGAAGUAGGAGUGCUGAGCCGAUACGUGCAAAAUCCCAGGAAACCACAUCUUGAUGCAGUCAGAAGAGUUAUGAGGUAUGUGAAAAUGACUCUUGGAUUUGGAAUUAAAUUUGAUGGAGAAGUGAAGCUGGAUUUGGUGGGAUAUUGUGACGCGGAUUACGCGGGAGACUUGGACACAAGGAGGUCGACUACCAGGUACGUGUUUAAGUUAGGCCGAGGAGUAAUAACGUGGUGUAGUAAAAGGCAACCAACUAUUUCGUUGUCUACAACCGAAGCGGAGUAUCGGGCGGCCACUAUGGCAGCUCAAGAGAUUGUUUGGCUGCAAUUGUUACUUGAUUGUUUGGCUGCAAUUGUUACUUGGUGA